AUGGAAAGCUACCAAGCCGAAUAUGACAAGAACGGAUUGGUGGCUGACACGUUCUGGAGGACUCCGCAGCGAGCUGUCCCGGGGAGACCGUGUCAGAGGGUCGAGCGAGUCGAGGUUAUGUCUGGUUCAUCGUAUCAGCAGUUCCAGGCGUCAGUGAACGAUGCCUGGGACCUGGGCGAUGACGACGUUAUGUCCGGCAUCGCCGAGACGAAAAUAUCGAAAGCCAUAUCGCAGACUGCAGCUUUAAAUGUUAUUAAUUCUCAUCGGAAUAGUACUAAGAACGUAAACAAAAGUGACGUCAAAGAUAGUGAUAAUGUUAAGCCGAGGGAGGAGGCUGUAGCAGUAAGAAAGAAUGAAGUGCGAAAAAUUGGCACUGCCCCUAGUAGUUCAGGGCCGAUGCGCCAUUACCCGGGGCGGCCACGUCCAGUAAGGUUGUCCGCUCUUACGUCCCGGGAAGAGAGCAGUGAAUCAAAGCUGGAAAGGUUUCAACAGGUCUUAGAAAGUUCUGUGCUGGACCUUGAUGAAUUGAAGCAACUUAGUUGGUCAGGAAUUCCAACAAAGGUCAGAGCAGUAACAUGGCGGCUGUUAGCCGGGUAUCUACCAGCAAAUGCCGAACGUCGAGCCGAAACCCUAGAAAGAAAAAGAGCUGACUAUAAACAUUUAGUACGACAGUACUAUGAUGCAGAGAGAGAGGAGGACACAUAUAGGCAGAUACAUAUCGAUAUUCCAAGAAUGAGCCCGCUUGUGGCACUUUUCCAACAAAUUACUGUACAGGUAAUGUUUGAACGAAUCCUUUACAUAUGGGCAAUCAGACACCCGGCAUCUGGCUAUGUCCAGGGUAUCAAUGACCUGGUCACCCCGUUUUUCAUGGUCUUCCUCCAGGAAGCAGCUCCUGGCAAGGAAUUGGAUAACUUCCCCCUGGACAGUCUGACGGAACAACAGCGGGAUAUCAUUGAAGCUGAUUCCUUCUGGUGCCUGUCGAAAUUCCUAGACAGUAUCCAGGAUAAUUAUAUAUUUGCUCAGCUCGGUAUACAGUAUAAGGUAAACCAGCUCAAAGAAUUGAUAAGACGUAUAGAUCUUCCAUUACACGAGCAUCUACAAAAACAUGGUGUAGAUUAUCUGCAAUUCUCAUUCCGUUGGAUGAAUAACCUUCUAACUAGGGAAAUACCUCUUCCAUGCACCAUUCGUCUGUGGGACACCUAUCUCGCAGAGUCUGAUGGCUUCGCGAUAUUCCAGCUUUAUGUUUGCGCUGCGUUUUUACUCCACUGGCGAGAAAGACUGAUGUUAGAAAAGGAUUUCCAAGGACUUAUGAUUUUACUCCAAAACGUUCCCACUCAAAAUUGGACCGACUCUAAUAUUAGUGUGUUGGUCGCUGAGGCGUACAGGUUGAAGUUUGCCUUCGCCGAUGCUCCCAAUCAUUUGCACAAUGCCGGCAAGGCGGAUAGA